CGCCUCUCGCUGAUAAUCACAUAGGAUUCUGAUUUUGUAAUGAAUACAGGUUUCCUUUAUUUCACUUGUGCUAAUAUCCUGACCGUGCUGCCGCUCCGAUGUUGCACCCCUGAGCCCGUAGGAUGUUUUUGGCCGCUUCGUGAUUCCCGUCCUUUGAGAAGAAGUGAACGCCACUGCGAAAGGUUUGACAAGCUACCCGCAAACAGAGAAAAACGCGGAGAGGAAAGUCCAUUUUUUCCACGCAUGCUCGGUAUCCCGAGCAUGGCUAAGCUUUUCUGUUACAAUUUAAUAUUUCAUGAAAAUUAAGUUCACGUUUACCGUUUUGGGGGAAAAAGGUCCCUGUAUUCUCUCAGUACAAUGACCGAGCAAAGAAUUUAUUCAGGGCAUAGGAUUGCAGUUCGUUUCUUGGCAGUAAAACCAUUACAGUACGGGUAUAUAUAUUUUUUAUUUUUUUCCAGACACUGCUUGGCCACACCUAGAUCCUGUCCUAUUUUAACAAAAAAAGUUUUUUUUUUCGUGCGGUAUUUGUUUGUGUCUCCCAGCGAGGACCCGGCUGUGUAAUUCGAUAGGAGCCACUGGAGGGGGAUAAGGGAAUGUGAGGCUGCAAUGGAAAAGAGUGCAAUCCAGUGGUUGGGAGCUCCAUGCUGCCUGCGUGGGUCCUUUGCUUUCUACAAGGGCUUCAGUUGUCCGAGAGAUGCUUUGAAGGAGCCUGAAACUUGGAAAGUUAGAGAGUUCUACUUUGUACGCUGUAGUCCCAAGGAGCCGGUCUGUAUUGCGGAGAUUGCCUUGCUCUGGGAGGACCAGGAGCAGCAGUAUCCGCUGGCCAGCUGCAGGCUCUACUUCCUUCCUGAGGACACGCCGAAAGGGAGAAGUCGUGAGCAUGGAGAGGAUGAGGUUUUGGCAGCUUCAAAAAAGAUCGUAGUUCGGGUUGAGGACUUAGUGAAAUGGUCCUGUUCUACACCGGAUAACUUUAAGAAAGAAAAAACAGCAAACUCUGUGGAAAACCAACUAAUUGAAGAAACAAAAAGACAACAGGAAACGCUGGACCAAAACCAAGGUUUGGACCCACAGGAUCAUCUAAGUGUGAAAGUCCUGAGUUAUCCACAAUACUGUCGCUUUCGUUCGCUGAAGAAACGGCUACAAAAUGUUGCACAUUUCCCAGACCUCAGGGACCCAAAACUGUUAGCUCUAGGUGGACUUCGUGUGCCUAAUCAAAAUACAAGAAUCCUUUACUGUAGAGAUACGUUUAAUCACCCAACACUUGAAAGCAACGCCAGUAUCUGGACUGAGUUUGCUUGCUCUCCCCUGGGCCUAAAAGGAAGGCCUCGAAAACGAAGAGGAAGAGAUGGGAAAAGUCUAGAAUCUCACCAUUUUGGUCAGUCUGAAGCCUGGAUUGAAAGAAUGAAGGAGAAUGUAACAGGAAGUGUUGAGGUACAGUCAGAAUGGCUUCCACUUCCUGAGGAACAACAGUUCCUUGAUCAAUUACAUCGCUUUAUGGAAAAGAGAAAUACCCCUAUCUGUAAGAUUCCACAUCUGGGAUUUAAGAAGAUUGAUCUCUUUCUUUUGUUUUCUGUUGUUAAAAAAAUGGGCGGAUAUGAAACGGUGACAGCUCAACGACUUUGGAAACAAGUUUAUAAUGAAUUGGGGGGCAGUCCGGGAAGCACGAGUGCUGCAACCUGCACCAGGAGGCACUACGAAAAAUUAAUCCUCCCAUACGAUCGACAUUUGAAAGGAGAAGACUUGCCAGCCAUUGAUGUAAAACCACUCGACGGCCCAUCAGGUGAAAUGAAAGAGAAGAAUGUUAUGAGGCAUGAUGGGGAAUUGUCCCAGAGAGCGAUGCAGACAAGCAGUGCCAUUCCUGAUAAGCCUCCAGAAAUAAAGCAAGAAAGUCCACCUGAAAUGAGGAGUAAUAGGAGGGCAAGGCAGGUCAAGGGAAGGAGCAAAACUGCUUCUAGUGAAGUGCCUGCAAACAGCAAGUUAAUCCAGGAAGUCAAGGUGAAACACACUCCAACAAAACCAGUGAAUAGUGGGCUUCCAGCAUUAUCACCUGAAGGAAUCAAUAUUCAAGGGCAGCAGUUGGGAUCUGGGCCUGCUCUAGGUUUGUUGACGGUUGGUCUGAAGGAUGGAUUUAUACCCCCUUUGACAGCUCUGCAAAAGCUUCAUUCUGCAGCAACGUUGAGGGGAUUUUCCCUGCCACAAGGUCUGUCACCUCUUGAGGUACUCAAAAGUCGUCUUGGCUUAGGAACUUCUGAGGGCUCUAGUCCUGCAAACCACGACCAAAGAAAAUCCCUUUCCCAGAGUCCACAACCAUCAUUAUUUCUCUUGCAACCUAACCUCGGCACAAAUGAAAGCAAACAGAAACUGUCUUCAGAUGCCAAUUCUCACACCGCCAGUAAAGCAACUGAAACAGGAUGCCAGAACUCGUCACACAAAUCUCCUUUGACUCCUUCGCCAGAUGGUAGACCCAGACUUCCUAUGACUCCUCUGAGGAUUAUACCUUUAGAUAUUGACUGCAGUUUCCAGGUACAUCAGAUCAUGAGAACGUCACUAGGCGCAGCCCAGCUCAGUUGUUUUACCAAAAAACUAUCUGAGGCACUUGCUCAGGAUCUGAGUAAAGGUCAGUGUGCUGGUGAAGCUGUUUCUGUUUCCCAAGAACAGACAUUACCACUCAAUUUGAGUAAGAAGUCUCCAUUGAAAAGGCCAGUAGAUGGAACUGAGCCUCGUCCCUCUUCAGCUUACAGUUCUGGCACCAGUUUGACAUCUUGUGUUCAUCCAUUGCAUACUUCACAGCCUUACCAGGGUAGUGCCAGUAAAAAGUCUAAGAAAGAAAUGACCCAGGAUGAUCAAGAACCUAUAAGACCAAAUGGGAGACUAGUGCCAUCAUCAACAAACAUUCCUGAUGCUGAUGAGCAGCCAGCAGAUUUAACUUGUCCCAACAGAGUCCGAGCAGUCCUUCAAGAAGAAAAAAUGAAGUCAAGCAUGGAAUGUGUGGCAAAGACAGCCCCUGAUAGACCUAUACUCAAUUUAUCUCAAAGCUCACAUUCUCACUCAAAGGGCUCAGAGGCAACAGUGAUGGAAGCCCCUUCAAAAUCUUUUAAAUUUGGAUUAGUAGCAGAUGGGACUCAUGAAAAGGUCUCCUGGGUAGAUUCUAGUAAAUUAUGUACUAUGCGACAUUAUUCCGGUAGACCAUCGCAUGCUCAAGGAAAGGUGAUAGCCGUCCCAGAAGAGAAGCAGAUGCUGAUUGAUGACCACGGGGGCUCUGCUGUAUAUCCCUUGUACUGCUUUAGAGCGAGACACGUUCCGUUAAAUGAGCUGGAUGGAGACCACAGCAGUUCGCGAGCUUCUGCAAUUGUGUCUAUGCCUGGAACCUCACCUGGAAUCCUGCAUGCUCAGAAACCGUGGACUGUCCCUCCACAUGGUCAUUAAUUUGCAAAGCCAUCUAAAAUCAUUUUUAAGUGUUUCGUGCUUGUGUCUGUGGAUGCAAAGAACUGUUAUUUGGAGCUCUGUGUUGGCCGAGAAGUGCUAGUGCAUCUGCCGAAGCAAAAGAUAUUUAGUUGAUUUUGAUGAGAAAACAAGCUAGUAAUCGGGCAGAAUUGGCUGGUAGGAGUGAUUUCUGUGUUGAGCACCAUAAUCAAAUUUUAUAAAUUCACAUAUUGUAUUUGUUUUAUUACGAACUGUAUGAAAAUCUUCUCUAUCCAACACCAAUUGGAUUGGACAAAUGAUGCUUAUUACGUGAUAACUGUACGUGAUUUUAAGGCUGGAUGACCCAAAAACUAUUCUGUGCACUCAGUCAAGAGCCAAUGUUGGCAGUAAUGACGGAUGGUAAGAAGACGACUCUUGCUGCCCACCUGGAGGACGGCAUUAUCCUUGGACAAGAUCAGGCUCCUGAUUUCUGCUGUGGACCCACCAAAUUAUUGUAGGCACUGGGAGGUUAAAGCCGCUUACGUUAAUAACUGUAUACAAGCAGGUAGAAAACGCACAUCAUCUGCUUAAAAAAUAAAAGUGUACAGGGUGAAACCAACCCUGUAGUUGAUAAAGCUGGCCAUGGCUCCAAUACAAAGUCAGAAAUGGUAGGACAGAACACUAGAAAAAUACUCCAAAAUCAAGAGCUGAAACACUCCUGCGGUGCUUUAGAAAAGACUGAAUUACGGUUGUGCGAUUACAGGAAGUGUUUCUUUAAUAAUAUUUAAGAAUGUUUAAAACAGGAUUGGUCAGCUUUUUUUGUUCCAGUAAUUUUUUACUUCUGAAUGUGUGUAGAAAAAAAAACUGUGUGUGUGUAUGUAUAUAUUUUAUGCCAACUCUGCCCCCACUUUCCAAGGGCUGUUCAAAUGAUAUAUAUUAACUGCAAGCGGGAGGCACACCUCAUGUCAUUUUUGCAUUUAAUUUUAUAUAUUCUUGAAUGAGUAGUUUUACGUAAAAACCGUACUGACUGACUGAUGUGGCUGGCACUUCUUUGGUAGCGAUUUCCAGCCCUAGUAAAGGAAAGCAGUCUUUGGAAUCUUUUUUUUUUUUUUACUCUAAAUUGCCCAGUUUUUAAUGCUCAAUUUUAUACAACUAUGCUGAUGAAGUUAUGUCUUAAAAAAUGUUUUUACAAAGUUUGAAAUAUUUUAGAUUUUGAAGAUUAAUAAAAGAAACCCAAACAAACUGAAAAGCACCUGCUCCAUUGUCAUCGAGGUUACAGUUCACUUCUGAAUGAUGUGCUCCGUCUUAACUCAUUCCCGGUUUUCCUCUUCCUUGUUGUGUUCCAACCAGUGUUGACUUUACCAAGUGGACAAAUGUUCUGAAAUGACGUGGACGUGGCUUUGGUAUCCUCAUACAGGUAUCCUUUUAUUUUUUGUCCUUUCCUCACAAGUUUGUGAUGUUGAUAUCACGUAUCAUUUUUGUUUUUUUUUAAUCCUACAGUGUAGUAUUUAACAACCUGGGACUGAUAUUAGUUCUCUAUUAAAGAUUCAGGUAUCAUUGUUUAUAAGCAUGACUGACGGACCUUUGAGGUGUCUGCAGUGAAUAUGUGGGAGAUCAAGACUAUAUUUGCAUAUCUUAGACAAAGCUUGCAGUUUAUAGCGUGUCAUAGCCUAUGUUUAAUGAUUGGACUCCUAGAGUAAAAGUGAAUUUAUAUUUAUUGUAUGAUAAAGGAGUUCAAAUUCAGAGAAACUGUUGUAUUUGUUCUUGCUUUUCUCCUCAAGACUGUGCUGUUGGCUCCAGUAACAAAGCCUUGUGUAACAGAAAUGCAAGUUUUCCGGUCUAGUUUACUGAUUUAGUAGAAGCCUGAAAUUUAAAACAGAUGCUUUUGUUAAACUGCCCGUAUUUAAUCCUCUUAACAUGUCACCACAGCAAUAAUUUAAAAAUUUGUGAAAAGCAGUUACUGAGUAACCGGCUGUUUCAUCACUAAAAUAUGUUUUGUUACACAUUUCUGUGCACCAGUCAUUCAUGAUCCUUCACUUUGAAAUGUUGAUUUUUACAUCUUGCUAGUUUUGUGGUACUUUUGUAUGUUAAAGCUUGUAAAGUGAAUGGGGUUUAAUUUUUUUAUAUAGAUAGAUGAAUAAAUGAAAACAUUACAGUGUUUCCGUGGGUGGUUACAUGACAGGUAACGUCUACUGAAGUGCUGUAAACCGAUGGCCAAAAAAGCCCCUACUGCUGCUCACUCACUGCGUGCAUCGUCAGCCAGUUCUGAUGUCGUGAAAUGGAUCAAUAUUUGUUACAAUGUUUGUACUUAACACUGUGUAGGCUGCGUGGGGAAGGAUUACAAGUCUUACAGUUAAACAUGUAUUUAAACAAGCACAUUGAUAAUUUAUAGUCACAUAUUAAUCAGGAGGGUUUUCUGUUUGAGAUUCUGUAUUUAAAAUGGAAGUUUUUCAUAUUGUUACACUUGCAUUAUAAUAAACUUUAUUUCUUGAAA